GUUUGAAUUGAUUUUCUUUGAAAAGAAAAUUUUUUUAUUCUUUUCUCUUUUUUUUUCCUCAUUUUCUAUUUUUAUUUUUUAAAUUUAAAUUGUUUUGAUUGUUAAAUUUUCUAUCGUUCAUUAUGGUGAUUUACUUUAAAAGUGAUGUUGUUUCACCUCCGAUGACCAUUUACAUGGGCGCUGAUAAGUAUGAGAAUGAGGAAUUGAUUAAAUGGGGUUGGCCGGAAGAUGUUUGGUUCCAUGUUGAUAAAUUGUCUUCGGCUCAUGUUUAUCUCCGUUUGAAUCAAGGUCAAACACUAGACGAUGUACCAAGUGUUAUUCUCGAUGAUUGUGCUCAACUGGUUAAAGCGAAUUCAAUUGAAGGCAACAAAAUGAACGAUAUUGAUGUGGUUUACACGAUGUGGUCAAAUCUUCACAAGAGUAAAUCAAUGGACGUCGGUCAGGUGGGAUUUCGUAGUGACCGAGCCGUUCGUAAGAUGAGGGUCGAUAAAAGGAUAAACGCAAUUGUUAAUCGGUUGAAUAAAACGAAGGAAGUUCGGGAAGUGGAUCUACAGGCGAUGAGGGAAGAACGUGAAAAGGCUGAAAGAAAUAAAGAAAAGGCCAGAGUUAAGCAAAUGAAGGAACAGGAAAAAGAAGAGGCCAAAAGACGAGAAGAAGCGGCCAAAGCCCGUUCUUAUGAUCCGAUAUUCAAACCAGAAUUAAUGACAACCAACAAGGAUAAUGACAGUGAUGGUUCAGAUGAUUUCAUGUAAAUAUUUGUAUUUGUUUGGAUUGGAAAUUGUAUUGGUGGAAUUAACUUGAAAUUAACUAAUCAUUUCAUAUAUAAAUAAAUGAACAUUAUGAACAUAAUGUUUAAUUGUUACUUGUUA